CGUUCGGGGAGGUUCGUUCUUCUCCGACAGCUGUCGGGUCUUUCCGGGGCGGGUUCGGGCCGUUCCGGCGGCGUUCGGGCCUUUUCCCAGGCUGCCUCCGGGCCGGAAAGAAGGAACGGGCUGAAGGCGAGCGGCGGCGGAUGGAGGCGGCGGGGAGGCUCUGGGUCUGGAGGAGCAGCAUGCCACGCGGCUCCUGGCUGGAAACGCUCCGUGCUUUUGCCCUGCGGACUCCAGGAAACCUUCUUUUUUGGUGAACUGAACCCUGCCCUCCUUUUUUCUUUGCUGCAUGCCCACUCACGAGUGCUGGAUUAUGUUUGUCUCCUUCUCCCUUUGCUCCAUAAUUUGGCUGAACCGCGGUUUCAAGCUGAGGAAAAGGGGCUGCACCUAAGCAAGCCGGGGCACUGGGACCAGGCUCCCGAGGUGCUGGUUUGUGCAGAGACGUUCAGACUGCUGAUGGGGGAGAGCUGCCCCUGAGGUCUCUCCUCUCCCGCCCAAAGGACGCUGCCUCACUGUUCGGAGCCGUCUCCUCAUGGCAGAGAGAAUGGGCAGCACCGACGGGUUCCAGUACCGUGCGCUCUAUCCGUACCGCAAGGAGCGCGAGGAGGACAUUGACCUGGUGCCUGGGGACAUCCUGGUGGUGAGCAAGGGAGCCCUGCAAGCCUUGGGCUUCAAAGAUGGGGACGAGCAGAACCCCAACCAGAUCGGGUGGAUCCUGGGUGUCAAUGAGAGGACCAAGCAGAAGGGCGACUUCCCCGGCACGUACGUGGAGUAUGUGGGGCCUGUGAAGAUCUCCGUCCCUUCACACCGGCCCCGAGUGCAGAGACCCCUGCCUGCAACACCAGGAGCCAGUGGCUGCCGACUGCAGGAGGCUCUUGAGCAAGGGUCUCCUCUCCCUGACCUUCAGGAGCAGUUCAGCCCUCCAGAGGUUGCACCUCCACUGCUGGUGAAGCUGGUGGAAGCCAUUGAGAAGAAAGGGUUAGACAGCGAGAUGUUAUACAGGACAUCUGGCUCCGAACUGAGGCAAGCUCUAAGAACCGAUUGGAGCCUGGGUGACCUGGAGCCCUUUGACGUGCACUCCCUGGGCGAAGCGCUGCGAGGCUACCUGCAGGACCUGCCCUCCCCUGUGGUGCCAGUGUCUGUGCAUGGGGACAUCCUUCGCAUCCUGCAGGAGAUCCCUCAGUCAGAGAAUUGCCGGAAACAGCUGCUGCUGGCCUUGGAGUCGCCUGCAAUCCCACUCCAGAACACACUCACCCUACAGUUCCUGCUCCGGCAUCUGGGGAAGGUAUCGCAGCAGGCCGAGAGCAACAGCCUCCACCCUCAGGCCCUGGGAGAGAUCUUUGGCCCCCUUCUCCUCCGGCUGCCCGGCGCCAGCCCGGAGCUGAGUCCUGACUUCUCUGUGCUUUUUCUGGAGAUGCUUCUGCAGACGAAGGAGUUGGAGCCAGAACAGUUGCCUCCAGCAUUGCCUCCAAAACCACCCAAGCCAAAGCCCAGUGCAGCCAGCCUGGCCAACGGGAACAGUGUGCCCUUGCAGGACGCCGAGUGGUACUGGGGUGACAUUUCCCGGGAGGAAGUGAAUGAGAAGCUUCGGGACACACCAGACGGUACCUUCCUGGUGCGCGAUGCCUCCAGCAAGAUCCAGGGGGAGUACACACUCACACUCAGGAAAGGAGGCAAUAACAAGCUGAUCAAGAUCUUUCACCGGGAAGGGAAGUAUGGCUUCUCAGAACCCCUGACUUUUGGCUCAGUGGUGGAGCUCAUCACACAUUACAGACAUGAGUCGCUUGCCCAGUACAACGCCAAGCUGGACACCAGGCUGCUCUACCCCAUCUCCAAGUACCAGCAGGACCAAGUGGUAAAGGAGGACAGUGUGGAAGCUGUAGGGGAACAGCUGAAGGUCUAUCACCAGCAGUACCAGGACAAGAGCUGGGAGUAUGAUCUGCUGUAUGAGGAGUACACCCGCACUUCCCAGGAGCUGCAGAUGAAGAGGACAGCAAUUGAAGCCUUUAACGAAACAAUCAAGAUCUUUGAGGAGCAGUGUCAGACACAGGAGAAGUGCAGCAAGGAGUACAUCGAGCGCUUCCGACGAGAGGGCAACGAGAAGGAGGUGCAGCGGAUCCUCAUGAACUCAGAGAAGCUCAAGUCUCGCAUCACGGAGAUCCACGACAGCAAGAUGAAGCUGGAGCAGGACCUGAAGAAACAGGCCUCGGAAAACCGGGAGAUUGACAAGCGCAUGAACAGCCUCAAGCCAGACCUCAUGCAGCUGCGCAAACUGCGGGACCAGUACUUGGUGUGGCUGACGCAGAAGGGCGCCCGGCAGAAGAAAAUCAACGAGUGGCUGGGUAUCAAGAACGAGACGGAGGAUCAGUACUCCAUGAUGGAUGACGAGGAGGAGCUGCCCCACCACGAGGAGCGGACGUGGUACGUGGGGAAGAUCAACCGCUUGCAGGCAGAGGAGAUGCUGUGCGGCAAACGGGACGGCACCUUCCUGAUCCGUGAGAGCAGCCAGAAGGGGUGCUAUGCCUGCUCCGUGGUGGUGGAUGGUGACACCAAGCACUGCGUGAUCUACAAGACAGCGACUGGCUAUGGGUUUGCAGAGCCCUACAACCUGUACGCCUCCCUCAAGGACCUGGUCUUGCACUACAAGCACACGUCCCUGGUGCAGCACAAUGACUCCCUGAAUGUCACGCUGGCUCACCCGGUCCUUUCCCAGCCACCAGCCAGAUGAACAAACCGUGCACAACACAACAGCUGCCUUCAGCUUCUCCCCAGAGCGCUGCUUUCUGGCUCUGGACUCUUGCACCCUGUAUAGUUGAGUCUCUGUGCUCCUGCCCCUCCAGAGCAUCUGAGAUGUCUGUGACCGUUCCCGGUGUCCCUUUUGGUCAGUAGCUGAAACCCGUGUUGGCUGAUGGGACAAAAAGGCUGGAAUGUCGACUCGCAGCAGCCUCCAGCCCUUACGAGGUGGGAUCUAGUUGUGAUUGAAUUGCUGUGGAUGAACGCAGCCCCCUCCCCUUCCCCAACAAACAGGUCAGAUCACCUUUUUGCUGGCAGGUUGCCCCGCUAUGCAUCACCGUAGAGCUAGAUCCCAAUUCCUCUGCACUGUGGUGUCAUUCCCUGCCCAGCUGAGCAGCACUGGCACAUUCUGAGCGAGGGGAUCUGCUGGAUCCUGGAGGAGGAGGAGGAGCCUCCGCUGAGCAUGCAUCCUCCACUCUCACUUCCCUCUUCCCUCGGUGACUUUGCAGGUGGGGGUGGGAGCUGCUGUGUGGUACGAGGGGUGCUGCUCUUCUGUGCAGAGACUCAUUUCAAAAGGAAGGCGGUGUCCUCCGUGGGGCAGCGGGUGUGCUGGGAGGAGGGCUUCUUGGCGAGGUCCCCACGCCAUCCUGUGCCCCAUCUCGCUGUCUUGUUCCCUGGUGUCAUAGCCACCUCUGUAGUGUUGCUGUCUGGGGAGGGAGGAUGUGGUUUGUGACGAAUCUCUCACCUUAGUUGUGCCAACUAAGCUGUGAAGUCCGUGUUGGUACCCGUGUUUUUCCCGGCAGAAUCCGUGGGAUGCACAGCUCUUUGUUUCUGGUUGUCUUUGGUGAAUCUCUGCGAGUGUAACCCGUUGAAGCUGACUGUAGCUCUGUAAAUACGGUUCUUUUUGUCAUUGGCUGCUUACCUCAUCCUGCUGAGCUCCCACUACGACAUGCAAGCGCGUGGCAGCGGCUGGGCGGCUGCUGCAGCUCGGGGCAGGAGGGCUGGGAGGCUGACGCACACUACGAGCCCUGCACAAAAUGAAGGACCUCUGCUGCAGGAGGGCAGCGUUUCAGCUGGGCCUGGGGCCUUGGCACGUAGGGAUGUUUGUGCACCACAGCCAGCUGUGUAUGCAAAGCACUUCUGUUUGUGAGUACUGUGUGGGGAUGGUUGUAGGGCUGCCCGUUGCGGCUGGCUGGCACAGGCAGUGCUUGGGGCAUCUCUUUGGAAAAGGCUGAGUUCAGAGGGCUCCAGGGCAGCAGAGGAGGUGCGGGGUGGGCCCUGCGGGGUCUUUAACAGCGCUCUGAGUUGGUGGCUUUUGCUUUACUGUAUCACCCUGUCUGCCCGGCUUGAAAGCAUUGAUCGUCCUCUUGAUCUGCCUGAGAGGCUCCUUCCCUUGCAGAGGCCGCGUCCUCAGGACAGGCUGGUGGAUGCUGGAGGCUUUGCUGCUUCUGCUUGGUGUCACGAUGGGCUGCGGGUCCUCAGUGCUGCAGUGCAUUUGUGUGUGCUCUGCCUGCGUCCCAUCCUCCUGUCUGUGCACUGCCUGCAUUGGGGCACGCAGCAUUCCCAUGAUCAGCUCUGCUGCUCGCAUUGAUCCAGGCCGCUCCUGGAUCCUUCUUGGAUCUGGGAUUGCUGGUAGAAAUGUUAUGUUCCUGUUGCUUGUGGCAGCUCUCCUACCCCAGCUGUACAGACACUGUCACUGUUUGGUGCUAUCGCUCGGGGGGGUCACACAGCGAUCAGUGAUAAUUAAUAAUUAACAAUUAAGGGAACGGUUUGGGCUGGAACACGAGAGCUCAGCUGAGCAGUAGGGCUGGCAGCCCCGGUGCUCAGAGCCCUCCUGUGUAAAAAUUAUUGGAGGUGAUUUAUUGAGAGUCACUCGCGCUCCAUCGACAAG